AUCGUUUGGGCCUCUGCUCUCGUGCUUCCAUGGCGUCCUUCGCCAUCUCCCCUUUCAUCCCUUCCUCGGCUCCUCGCCUGCUGCCGUCGAACUCUUUCCAUUCCUUUUCCCUGCCUCUCCUCUCACAUCGCCGCCUUCGCUCUCCGGCCCGAGCCUCCGAGAGGUUGUCGUCCUACCAUAAGGAGAAGGUAGCGGUGGUCCUGGACCCUGGAGCCUGGGUUGGCGAUAUUGGCGGCGAAGAGAGUGGCGGGGAGGAUGACGAUUACAAUGAGGAGGACGAGGAGGAACAAGACCAGAGUUUGGAUCUCAUCGUAGGUUUUCUUUAUAGCGUUUUCAGAAAGAUCUCUCGGUCGAUGCGGAAGGCCGCUCGGUCGGUGCUACCGCCUUUCAUUCCCUCGAAAUUGGUGGGGUUCUCGGUCAAUGGGGUUUUGAUACUGGCCUUCCUGUGGAUUCUUAAGGCAUUUCUUGAGGUUGUCUGCACGCUAGGCAGCAUGGUGUUCGUUAGCAUGCUGCUUGUCCGGGGGAUAUGGUCCUUUGUGACUUACACGAUGGAAAACCAAUACAACUAUGCAAGCAGGAAUGACGAAGAGGGCAGCAGAUGGAGUGGUGUCGGUGCUGCUUGAUUCAUGGUCCUCCUCAUUUUAUGAGGAAGCACUGAGACCUCAAGUCUGUACAUAUCUUGGUGUCAUUUGGGGAGGACUAAUUUCUAUGAUGCUUUUUAACUUGCCACACCAGAAUUAUAAACCAGAUUCAAGCCCA